GCAAAUAAGACAAAAGAAAGUUGUUUAGUUUGCACCUUGGUCAGUGAGGGCAUUGCGACCCGUGAUUUCCAAAGGGAGGUCCUGUUAUUUGGAUGCUGAGCUUCGACAGGAUACUGUCCACUACCACAAACAAACAAGGCCUAGCUUUAAAAAAAAAAGUUCCGAUCCGAACAAGCAUAAAACGGAAAUAUGUCGUCAGAAACGGAAUGCGAUUGGUUUUAUUUAUGGAUGUAUUUUAAGACCUUUGAUUUCCUUUAACCAGCGUACGCAAGUAAAGUGUGUGAAGCAGCGGAAAUGGGGAGGCGGAUGUGAAGCGGUCCAGCCAAAUAAAUAAGAUAUGAACACGUCUUAUGCAACCUUGCAGCAUCACGAAGAAAUUAACGACACUGUAGAGAGAAAUAUUUGGCAACUAUGAUUUGAAAACGGGAAUAAUAAUAAACAAACAUUUUCAUUUUAACUUUAACCGGAGGCUGUAUCACCGAGGGUCAGCGGCGCAGCGCCCGGGAUCUGGAGCACCGGAGUCGGCUUGGAAGCCGAUGAAAGAUCGGCGGUGCCCGGGCCGCAUGGAGGUCCGUCAUCCAUAACUAAGGGACUUCUUCAGUGAUUCUUUUGCAUGUAGGCUAGGUGUGGUCGUAAACGACGUUAAAUCGCCGUAGCAAAGGUCUCUCCCUUUAACAUCCCUUCACCACUCUUGUCUCUUUGGAGGAACGCCCAUCAUCACCCCCUCCUCCUAGACAGAGCAGCAGAAGGAUUUCCAGAUUGCCUUUCAUGCUUAAUUUCUUGUCCGUCUCUGGACAUCUACCACUUUUCUUUAUAAUGGGUACUUGAAUGGUUUACAAAGUACUCUAGUCCCUUAAUGCAAGACAUUGCUCUGCUCUUGACACUUAAGUAGUUGUCAGAAUGGAAAAGUGUCCUAGGGUGUUAAGAGAGCUAAAUCAACAUCAACAUUCACAGUGGAAACAUAUCCAUGCCUGAUCUUAGGGCAAAAAAAGGUUAAACUAUGGUUCAAACUGCCUCAUAGCAACUUGAACUAGUAGAAGCUGGGACCUCUGAAGUUCCUUAUCCAAGGGCAGUAGGGCCAAAGAAAUGUAAAUCAAGAAACCCAAACGUCUUCUUUUUUAACUUACUUUGCACAGUGUACAGCUCUCUUGAGUACACCAUUCAUCCUUCUGUACCUCCACACGGCCAUCUUUUUCUCAAUUUUUCCCAUUUUCUUCACUUCAUCUGUUCAGCCAUUUGUUGCUGCAUCAGUUUGGUCUAGUGGUCCACUUAAGCUAAAGAACCUACGUGUUCCCUUGGUUCCUAUCUUUCUUUUUCUCUAACCCACCAACCCCUCCUCCUCUUUGUUUUCCUUGUUUGGCCCACCCACUUGGCCUCCACCAUUUGCCCCUCUCUUGCAACAGCCGUCCUGCACCCUCGCCCCCGCCCACCAUCACCCUCCCUCUCCAUCUCCUCUGCCCCCUCCUCCCCCCACCACAUCUAUCACCACCACCAUCCUCACCUUCAGCCCUACUCAUAUCACCACCACCAACUCUCCUUCUCUCCCCCUUGCUUCUUGCCCCCUACCUUCUCCGCCUCCUCUUCUGCGGGAACCAUGGCGAUGGCUGCCACUGCCUCUUCUUCUGCCUCAUCACCUACCUCCUCAUCGUCCGCCAAUGGCAGUGCCCGGGAGCACCUCUUGGCGGUGCGUCGGCGCACCCCUCACACCCGGCCGUACACAGUUGGUCCUGAAAACCUCAGCAGCCUGGCGGUGCAGGGCACAGUUGGUACCUCUGCAUCCUCCUCCUCUACUAUGUCGUCAGGGAGCCAACCAGAAACAGCCGUGGUGGGGCUCCAGCGGGCCAAUAGUGACACAGACCUGUUGACAUCAGACAGCCGCUCAUCACUCACAGCAUCUACGUACCAGCUGACUCUAGGCCAUAGCCACUUGGUCAUCUCCUGGGACAUCAAGGAGGAAGUGGAUGCCACUGACUGGAUUGGCCUGUACCACAUCGAUGAGACUUGUGUGGCCAAUGUAUGGGACUCCAAGAAUCGUGGCGUGAAUGGCACCCAGAGAGGACAGAUCGUGUGGAGACUGGAGCAAGGUCCCUACUUCGUGGAGUCAGAGACUAAGAUCUGCUUUAAAUACUAUCAUGGUGUAAGUGGAGCAUUAAGAGCAACAACUCCUUGCAUCACUGUCAAGAACCCUGGAGUACCGGUGGGCAGUGAAGGCCAAGUGGAGGACCAAUCAGAGACUGAGCACUGCCGAAAACUAGUCAGCUUCACCCUAUCAGACAUUCGGGCGUUGGGUCUGAAGAAGGGCAUGUUCUUCAACCCGGACCCCUACCUGAAGAUGUCCAUUCAGCCCGGAAAAAGGAGCGGUCUCCACAAGUUCACUCACCAUGGCCAGGAGAGACGCUCUUCCAUCAUAGCCAACACCAUCAACCCUGUGUGGCACGGAGAGAAAUACACCUUUGUGGCUCUGAUGACUGACGUGGUGGAGAUCGAGGUUAAGGAUAAAUUUGCCAAGAGCCGUCCAAUUAUCAAGCGGUUUCUUGGUCAGCUGAUCAUCCCUGUUCAGAGACUUCUGGAGGGACCAACAACUGAUGAUCAGUCAGUCAGCUACAGCCUGUGUCGUCGUCUCCCUACAGACCAUGUGAGCGGGCAGCUUCUAUUCAGGGUGGAUAUCACCUCCGCCGGACAUGAAGAAGCCUCCCCCAAUGCUGUGGGAACCAUCUUAGGUGGCACAAUAAAUUGUGACCCCGGAAGUCCCUCAGAUGACGAAGACCUUCCUCACCCUUCCUCUUCCGUUACAUACAGAUCUUCUCCCACAGGCCCUGACGAGGGCUCCCUGUUAGUCAACGGUGCUUGUUAUUAUGGCGAUGACAGCGUGUGGCGGGAGCCUGGGCAGAUGGAAGAGGAGGAUCUGCAUUCUGUGCCUCUGGGCGGCCAAACCCACCGACAAGUGUCACUCAACAACUACCUGGAUGCAAUCGAGGCUACUAGGAGCUCCGGGGAUCAAGCUCUGGCAGGUUCGUCUCCAAAACUCCGCUCCAGCUUUCCAACAGACACACGGCUUAAUGCCAUGCUGCACAUAGACUCAGAUGAGGAUGAGGAGAUGACAGAACAACACAGGGAGCAACAGGAGAUGAGGACACAGCAGAACCCAGAGUUAUUGAGAUCGUCUACAUCUGAAUCUCUUCAGGGGAAUGAGCGUUCAAAAGAAGAGCCACAGGAGCAGACUGGAGCUGGGACUGGACCUGGGACAACAACAGAGGCAGGUUCCUCUUCCAGUGCUCAGCCUGAAACUGAGCCUCCAGGGGCUGAACCUGGAGCUGCAGACGGUGCAGUCAAAAUAUCAACAGCUGGGUCUGCAGAGGUUGCUGGAGCGGCAGCUAAAGCUGCACACAUCACUGGGGAAACUUCCAGCUCAUCUCAAGCAUCAGGGGCUGAGUCAGCUGCAGUAGCUGGGUUGAGGAAGCCUGUGGUGGAAUGUACCUGUCAGGAGCAGAGCAGAGCAAACCAGGAAGUACCCUGUAAUCCCUCACUUGGUCCCCUUUCACCCAUUCAGGAGGUGGAGACAAGAAAAGAAGUGGCGCCAAAGGCAGAGGAGGAAGGGGAUUCAUCGGGCAACGAGGCAAACAGACCAGUAGCAGCAGCAGCUCCUACGAGCAACAUCAUAGCUGACCAAGGAGGAGGGACUUCUGGAGUUGGUGCAGGAGCCACAGCUCAGGUUAAUGGUCACCAAUCUGUUCGCUCCCUGCCAUCUGUCCGCCAUGACAUCAGUCGUUACCAGAGAGUAGACGAGCCACUACCACCUAGUGAAUAUCAGAGUAUACGGAGGACAAUAACUAAUGACUGCAGACCUGAGGAACAGCCAGCCAGUGAGCUGCUGGCUGAUGAGACUGACAUGCACCCUUCCAUCCCAGUAAUUCUCUCACUGUGGGGAACCGGCCCACCAUUUUGCCCGGCCUUCCCACUUUUACCUCUGCCACGGGGCAUUGCCAAACGUUUGCAAGGGGCUUACAAUGACAAGAUUGUGUCGUUUCUUCGACAACCGAACAUCUUUGAGAUUUUGCAGGAGAGACAGCCUGAUUUCAACCGGAAUCAUUCACUGAGGGACAAGGUGCAGCUGAUACGCACAGAUGGAGGGUCAGGAUUGGCCAGGCUGUCAGGUGAUGCUGAUCUUGUCAUGCUACUAAGUUUGUUUGAAGAUGAAGUAAUGUCCUAUGUGCCUCCUCAUGCCUUACUUCACCCAAGCUACUGCCAGUCACCUCGAGGCUCCCCUGUCUCCUCCCCACAGAACUCGCCUGGUACUCAGAGAGCUAAUGCCAGAGCCCCAGCACCCUACAAGAGAGAUUUUGAAGCCAAACUGCGCAACUUCUACAGAAAACUGGAAACUAAAGGCUAUGGCCAAGGACCAGGGAAGCUAAAGUUGAUCAUCCGUCGUGAUCAUCUGCUUGAAGAUGCCUUCAACCAAAUUAUGUGCUAUUCUCGUAAAGACCUGCAGCGCAGCAAGCUCUACGUCAGCUUCAUUGGGGAGGAGGGGUUGGAUUACAGCGGGCCUUCCAGAGAGUUUUUCUUCCUGGUUUCUAGGGAGCUCUUCAACCCUUAUUAUGGUUUAUUUGAGUAUUCUGCCAAUGACACCUACACUGUCCAGAUCAGCCCCAUGUCCGCAUUUGUAGACAAUCACCAGGAAUGGUUCCGGUUUAGUGGUCGCAUUCUUGGUUUGGCUCUGAUACAUCAGUACUUGCUGGAUGCCUUCUUCACUAGACCCUUCUAUAAAGGCCUACUGCGCAUUCUCUGUGACCUGAGUGACCUGGAGUACCUGGACGAGGAGUUUCACCAGUCCCUUCAGUGGAUGAAGGACAACGACAUAGAAGACAUGCUGGACCUCACCUUCACCGUCAAUGAAGAAGUCUUUGGACAGAUAACAGAAAGGGAGCUGAAGCCUGGUGGAGCCAACAUCCCUGUGUCAGAGAAGAACAAAAAGGAAUACAUUGAGCAGAUGGUUAAGUGGAGGAUAGAGAGAGGAGUUGUGCAACAAACUGACAGUCUGGUCAGAGGUUUCUACGAAGUGGUGGAUGCCAGGCUAGUAUCAGUGUUUGAUGCAAGGGAGCUGGAGCUGGUGAUCGCCGGCACAGCUGAGAUUGACUUAUCAGACUGGAGGAACAACACAGAGUACAGAGGAGGUUACCAUGACAACCAUAUUGUAAUCCGGUGGUUCUGGGCAGCAGUGGAGAGGUUCAACAACGAACAGAGACUACGGCUCCUGCAGUUUGUGACCGGUACAUCCAGUAUUCCUUAUGAGGGCUUUGCUUCUCUGCGUGGCAGCAAUGGACCUCGCAGGUUUUGUGUGGAGAAGUGGGGAAAGGUCACAGCCCUGCCCAGAGCUCAUACCUGCUUCAACCGGCUGGACAUGCCACCAUACCCGUCCUUCUCAAUGCUGUAUGAGAAGAUGCUGACCGCUGUAGAAGAAACCAGCACCUUUGGGUUGGAAUAAGCCUUGUUUGUCCACCUAGCAAAAUCUCAAAUGACUGCUUGUGGUAGUGAAGAGGUAGCUGAUGGACAAAGGUUCGAAAAGCUGGAUUUAAAUGUAUGGCUUUAUUUAAUUUAUAGUAGGCUAUUUAUAGCAGAAGCUUAUAAGACCUUUGAACAACUAAGCUGCACUCUGACCUUUUGAAAUGUACAGAGGUAAACACUGAUUUUUGGUUGCAUGUGCACAUAUUUUGCACCUACCUUAGUACACCUGAAUGAUGUGAUGAAUGAAGACCCACACUGCCUUUGAGACCAGAAUCCUAACUGCUGGGAUUUAACCAAUCAGAGCCCAGGAUGUUUUGUUUUUCUCUCUUUGAUACCAUGAGUUUAAAGUGUAAGAUGUACACAUCAGAGAAGAUGCAACCACUGCCAAAAGCUGAGUGGACUCAGCCUUUUUUACUCUAGUGUCGAUGGACCUCAAAAGGUUAUAAGCCUGUCCAGAACUGUGAGCUUCAGUGGCCUGUAGUUAUUUCUUAAAGCGUUUCAAAGCCUGCUUAUAUAACUUUUGGUAAUGUUUGUGGAAUUUUCCUGUAAACUUCUACAGCUAAUUUUGCAGUCCAGAAACAGAUGCUUUGGUAUUGUUACAGUAUUUUCAUCUGCAAGAAAAAGUGAUUUUUGAAUUAUGUAGCAGUGACAAUGUUAUUUGAAUGUUAAUAACUUGUGACGUA